AAAAAGUAAUUUGAACGGUUUUGGAUCUACACCGAUAAUCUCUUUGACUGUAGCAUGGAACACGCCUCUUCAACUUCCAAACUGCCACAGAUGUACGAUGUGCUCAUCGACUUCACUGGAGAAGAAAUCCGCAGAAAAUUUGUUUCUCAUCUCGAUUCUGCUUUCACUUCUGUUGGACUCACCACUUUCCUUCAUCAGGAGAACGCAAUGAAGGAGAUGCAGAUCCAAGAACAUAGUCUCGAUCUCUGUCGGGUAGCCAUUGUUAUUUUUACCAAAACCUAUUCUCAAUCUGCAUGGUCUCUUCGUCAGCUUCAACAAAUCAUUAAAUGGCACGAAGCGUAUUACCGACAUGUUUUGCCUGUAUAUAACGAAAUUCAACCAUCUGAUGUACGUCUUCAGAAGUGUGAUUUUGGAAAAUCCUUCAAAGCAACUGCACACCAAACAUUUCCAGCACAACAAUUGGAGCAUGGCAUAUCCAGGUGGAGUCACGCACUCACCAAAGCUGCAGAUUUCUUUGGAUGGGAUGAGAGCAAUUGCAGGAGCGAUGCUGAACUUGUGGACAAAAUCGUUAAGAGUGUUCUUAAUUUACCAGUCUUGUCUGCAACUAAAUUUCCAGUUGGAUUACAAUCCUACGUGGAAGAUGUGAUUCGUACUAUAGAAGAUAAAUCUUCUCAAGUUUGUACGAUAGUAAUAUGUGGUAUGGAAGGAUCUGGUAAAUCCACGAUUGCCAAAGCCAUCUACAAUCGUAUUAAUGGUACGUUCACGGAGAAAAGUUUCAUCGAAGAUGUUGCACAAAUUAGUCAAACGAGAGGGUAUGUUCAUUUACAAGAACGACUUCUUUCAGAUGUCCUGAAAACAAAGGUGAAGAUACGUAGCGUUGAGAUGGGAAGAAGAAUGAUUCGAGAAAGACUUUUUAAGAAAAGGAUGCUCAUUGUACUUGACGAGUACUCUCCAUUCUUAGAUCUAAGGAAAAGUCGUGCAUGGUUUGGUAAAGGAACAGUAAUAAUCAUUACAACAAGAAAUGAAGACCUACCAGGCAUACGUGAAGUUGAUUCUGUUUUGCAGAUAAAUCUAAUGAACCCAGAUGAGUCCCUUGAGCUACUUAGUUGGCACGCAUUUAGAGAACCGAAACCAAAAGAAGAAUAUUACGACCUUGCAAAAGCAGUAGCUGCUUAUUGUGGAGGACUACCUCUAGUGCUUGAAGUCAUUGGAAGUACUUUAUUUGAAAGUACAAAAGAAGAAUGGAAGAGUGUAUUGUUAGAAUUAGAGAAACUUCACAAGAAUGAUGUUCAUCAUAAAUUGAAAAUAAGCUUCGACAGUUUACGCAGUGAAAAGGAAAAGGAUUUAUUCCUUGAUGUAUGUUGUUUCCCUAUUGGUUUAUGUUGUUUCCCUAUUGGUAAGGGCACAACCUAUGUUAUGAACAUUCUAAAUGUUUUUGGAUUGGACGCUGAUAGUGGAAUAAGAGUUCUCAUACAGCGUAACCUCAUCAAAGUUAAAAACAACAACAAAUUUGUAAUUCAUCCUUUGCUACAAAAAAUGGGAAGAAAAAUUUCGCAACAGGAAUUUUGGAGGGAGAAGCGACUGCAGUUUGACGAUGCAGAAUGUUUAUUCACAUAUAAUAGAGGUACAAAAUCCGCUCAGUCAUUGCCAAUGAAACUGCGUUCAGCCAAUAGAGAACCAUCAACACUACUGAAACUCGCUGGAAAUUCUGAGUACCUUCCUAAGAAACUGAGAUGGAUCAAUUUGCGUGAAUUUUCUUCACCAUACCUACUUAACGACUUUUAUCUUGAUGAUGCAAUAGCCAUUGAUUUAAAACACAGUCUUCUUCGAGUGGUCUGGAAAAAAACUCAGGUUUCUAUUACUUGCCAUUUUCUAUUAAAACACAAAGUUUAACUAAAACAAACAUAGUGAUCCAUUUAUGCUUCAUUUUUCUAAAAGUGAUUUUCCAAAGAAAGAUUUUUCAAAAGAAAAAGAGUCCACUCUUAAGAGCCUUACAAAGGUAAGUGACAAGGGUGA